UCCACUGCAAGAACAUUCUCUCAACAUGAAGCUGGUGAGAACAUACAUCUCGAUGGCUCUGGCCCUGGUGGUGGCCCUGGCAUGCCUGGUGAGCUGGACCAGCGCCAUGCCUCAGCCUGACCCCGUAGCUGACCCUGACCCCGCGGCUGACCCUGGCUACCGUCGCUUCGGUGGAUUGGGAUAUGGUGGAUACGGCUACGGAGGUCGUGGAUUCGGAUACGGGGGCUACGGCUACGGAGGACACCGCCGAAGCUAUUACGGAUAAGGAUAUCCUACUUGAAGAGAACAUCCAAAGCAGCACUACAAGAUCUUCACCUGUUUUUCUUCUCAAAUAAACUUCAUGAAUGAUU